AUGAAAGUUUCCCAACCACCUCAAGAUGAAAAAUACGAAAUCGAUCGUGCUACAGUUUGGUACGAUUUAGAGAAAGUUUACCGGGGUUUCACCAACUUUGACCGAAACAAAAGGUUGUCCCUGCAAGAAGCAGGCCAGACUUUAAGAAGGCGACAUGAAAGGUCGACGGAUGUGCAGGUCGUUAACCUCAAGGCAAGCCAAGCAACUGCCCUUGAAGAGUUUGAUGCAAGGGUAGCUGCUGGGAUGGAGGAAAGUUUCAAGCUCAAAGAAUCGGUGACAUCACCAUCGAAUGAAGGGACAAACGCGUGUGCUUUUCUCUCGGUUGGAGUUGCAGAAAGCAUCUUACACGACACCGAAACAGAGGCUUUUUUCGAAAAUUUACCGAAAGCUGUGGAGGUUACCAUUCUGUCUUUACCGGAGGAAAUCAACGAGCACCGCGACAUGGGAAAGACUUACGACAUACUAGAGGCAUAUGAAAUUCUUCGUCGACAACAGAUUAUUAAAUAUCCAAUAGAAUUCUCUGAAGAACUCCCCUAUGCAGACGGAGUAUUUAAGUAUGAAGGAAGAGAAAAGCUUUUCACUAAACUAUGUGCUCUUGGUGCCGAGCACUUCGUUGCAAUUUACACUAGUGAUCCAUUUGUGCUGACCAUUGGUUGUCAUAAAGGGAAACCCUUAGGUCUUAGGUCUUAG